GCUCGUCCGGACGCUCCAGCCUUCCCUUCUGUGCAAGUUUUCUUCUGUUAAACGGUAAAACUUUUGAGAUUCCCCCAACCCUUGAGCAGCAGUGGAAUGGCCACUAAAAAAAAACAAUCGCCGCGCUUCACCGCUGAUGAAAUAUCUAUUCUAUCGGGGCUUGUCGGCAAGCAUAAAACGAUCAUUGAAUGCAAAAAGACAGACUCCGUAUCUUCGAACCUCAAAAACGAGACCUGGGAGAAACUCUGCAAUGAGUAUAACUGCUUACCGGGCGUUAGUCCACGGGACUCUAAUCAGCUCAAGAAGUGUUGGGGGAACCUCAAACAAAAGUGGAAGAACGAGCGCUCGGACGAGAAGCGCAAGACCCACAAGACAGGAGGGGGGCCGCCCCCCACACCCAUGAGCGCAAUUUCUGUGCUUGUGGGGGCAGUAGCGGGGCACAUGGCCACCCGCCUUGACAACGAUAACGACUCCGACGGAGCCGCCUAUCUGCCCCCUGUCCAGAACGAGCCAGUGGUGCGGCUGCUGGAGGGCAUGGUCGACUGCGACCCAGUAGACGAGUAUGCAGGUACAGUGUUGAGACACAUCGAUCUGCACUUUAGGCCACUUGUAGGUUGCGUGUGA